AUGCUGCUCCCGCCCCAGCCGCCCACCCUCCGCUCAUCCCCGGAGGCCAGGGACCCUCCGCCCACUCUGCCAUCCUCCCCAGACGCCAUGGACCCGCCUCCCCCACAGGUAGACGGGCAGCCCCAGCAGGUGGACGCGCCUCCCUCUGCGUCCUCGACACCACACUACUAUCUGCUCAUCGAUACACAUGGCGUGCCCUACAAGUACACGACGCAGCGCAAGGACGGGCGGCGGCAGUCAGCUGAGGAGCCCACCCCGAACCCUCAGGAGGAGGAGGAAGAGGGCGCCAGCUGCCCCUGCAAGGAGUGCGGCCGCGUGUGCAGCUCGCCCAUGCAGCUGCAGCGCCAUCUCUUGACGCACUCCAUGGUCAGACCCUUCACCUGUGACACCUGCGACCGCGCCUUCAAGCGCUCCAGCGACCUGGCGCGCCACCGGCGCAUGGCCCACAACACGGUGCGGCGCACCGGCACCGACCGCCCCUACGUGUGCCCAUAUUGCCCGCGCCGCUUCCAGGACACCGCGACGCUGGCAGAGCACGUGCCCACGCACUAG